CCUCUCUCCUCUCUCUCUCAUCACCACCUGAAACUCGAGAGCGAAAAACCAUUUCUUCUUCCGCUCAGAAGCUUUGGCUUCUUCCUCAUCAAUGGCGGACCAAUAUCCGUGCAUCUACGACUUCUUCAACCAGCAGCAUCAUCAUCCCUCCUCCCCCACAACACCUGCAGUCGCUGCCAUGCCAGCAGCCUUGAAGAGGCAGAAGCAGGCCCAGCCCCCGCCACCGCCUCCUCCUCAGUCCCACCACCACCACCCUCCCGGCCCCACCCGCCUCUUCCCAUGCCAGUACUGCUCCCGCAAGUUCUACACGUCCCAGGCCCUCGGUGGCCACCAGAACGCCCACAAGCGCGAGCGCGCCGCCUCCCGCGGCCAGCCCUUCGACUCCUCCACCUCCGCUGCCGUCCGCUUCAUCUCGCCCCUCGAGCCCCCGCAGCCACCGCCCCCCUUCGCCCAGUACGGGUGGCUCGAGCCUGUGCAAAUCAUCCACAGCGGCCCCCCGGCUCCUCCUCAUCCUCCUUAUUACGGGUUCAAGAGCGAGCCGAGCACCCCCGACGGCCUGUCUCCGACCACCGGCUCCGGCGAAGCUGACCCAUUUAACAACCUCGACCUCGACCUCUCCCUCCAUUUAUGAAGGAAAAAAAAGAGGAGGUUCCUGAUAUUUUCUUCUUAACAGUACAAAAAAAAGAAUGAUGAUGAUCUUUCAGGGCAUUACCUUAAAAGGAUAUUAGCAUUUAGUCCCAAAAUCAAAUCUUGUCGACGAAAUCUUACAAUUGUUGGGGUUUCAAAGGGUUUUAGUAGUUCAACUUCAGAAGUUAACGAUGAGAUUUGGGGUAGUUUAGCUGUUGACAAAUUAUCUGUUAAUUUCUGGUUCCAGUCUUUUCUUAUCUUCUUCUUCUUCUUCUUCUUCUACUUCUCUCCCCCCGCCGUAUCCAUGUCCGAUGAAUCUUUGCUUUUCUGCAGUUUAGGCAACAGAAUCUCUCUUGACCAUGAUGAUGAUGAUGUUACUAUUAAUGAAGCUAACUUGAACAACAUCGCUGACAUACAUUAAUGGAAGGUCCAUGAUGAUGAUGUUUGAUGUCUAUUAUGCAUGCAU